CAGAGCUAAACAGUGGCAAGCUAAGAUGUGCUGAAGUCUCUGGGAAGUGACAGGAAGCCCUAUUUUCUUGUUGCAACUUCUUCCCAAACAGCACAAGCGGAUCAGACACAAGCAAGAGAGAAAAUCUAGAUGGGACCAUGGUUAUGUUGAAGAUCUCUGCUUUCCUCGUUGCCUACGCCCUGGUCAUUUGCCAGAUGUACUGCUCACAAGCUGCCCCUGCCAGACCGGGUUUAGAGUCCAUGUCAGACCGAGUCACGCUCACGGACUACGAGGCGCGAAGGUUACUCAACGCCAUUGUCAAGGAGUUUGUGCAGAUGACGGCAGAGGAGCUGGAGCAGCAGGCAACUGAAGGAAACAGCAGCGUUACAGCACAGAAGCGAGCCUGCAACACGGCAACCUGCGUGACUCACCGCCUGGCGGACUUCCUCAGCCGGUCGGGGGGAAUGGGCAACAGCAACUUUGUCCCAACCAACGUCGGCGCCAAGGCCUUUGGCAGACGAAGGAGAAGUGUCCAGAUGUGAGCACUCCAAAAACCUUCAGGGACACGGUUGUAACCUGACAAGAAAACAUCAGAAAAAAAACCCUGAGAACAAAAAUCAACAAAAACAAAAUCAAGCAGAACCCUCCCAAAAGAACUGGCCCUUUAUCCACUCCCUCACGUUCUUACUGGAAAAGAAAAACAACACCACAGGACUUCUCGUCCCCAUUUCCAUCCUGUUAGUGAAACCUUUUGCUUUCAGCAAAAUAAGAGAAAAAAAAAGAGAAAAAAAGCACUUUAGUUUAUGUACAUGAACAAAUGAACUUCUGAAGAAAAAAACAUCCUGAUGAUUCCUCUUUUUUAUACAUGAGUGUCAAUGGAAAAUAAAAUGAAAGCUGCAGUGGUUAUCAACUUAUUUUUUUCCUCCUUUCACCUCGUUAGAGCACAUUUCUUCUAUUGCCUCCCCAUGUGAGAUCCAUACAUCCUCCAUAACUUCCUCUCUUCCCGAGGGUACCCUGUUUUUCUGUGUGCCAGAGGGACGCCAUUAAAGAUCAGCCUACCCAAGGCCCCCCCCACAACGGCUGUUGUCUUGUGCCUUGAUGUAGAACAAUUUACAUGAACAUGAUUGUACAGUUCUGUUUUGAGAUGAUAAAGAAGACCCGAGCGAGGAUGAAGAGAAUGACGACAGAUUAAUAUUGUAAACAAUAUUGUGAAAACAAAUUUCAGCAAGAUUAAAAUGUAUUUUAG